UGACACGAAGGCCGCAUUAACAGAGCUGCUGACUGAGCUGCUUUGACACAAACACACAGUACCAGCGCCUUUUCAUUCCUUUAAAACUUAAAUGUUUAGAUUACUCCACGACAUGACAUACUCAUUACGUGUCCGUGCAUGAAAUCACAUGGAGGUGCUCUUGCGCUCACAUGACAGUCUGAACCAUGGCAGGAGAGAUCAAUGAAGGCUCAGUUCCUGCCUAUUACAGGGAAGUACAUGAAGCCAUCUGCUGUAGGACAGAUGAGAGAGUGCAGGUUGAAGUUUUUCAGCGGUUGCUCCAAAGGACCGAUCUCUCCAAGACGGUUUUAGGCCAGAUUGCUGAGCAUGUUGACUCCACAGACGGAUUCCUGAGCAAGUUGUCACUCUAUAAAGCUCUCGCUUUAAUUGCCCUUGCUCAGCAAGGAAAGCAACCAAGCCCCAAACUGCUGGAGAACUGCAUACAAGAGUUGCCCAAACCUCAGCUCGGGGAGCCAAGGGACCUGAACGCAUUGAGGAUGCAGCCGGCUCAGGAGGACGUCCUGACGAUGUCCCAGACGCUGGACAAGCUGCUGGGCAGAGACACAGUCCAGGUGGAGCUCAUACCUGAGAAGAAAGGCUUGUUUCUCAAACAUGUGGAGUACCAGGUCACCAGCCAGCGUUAUAAAAUAUCAGUUUACAGGCGCUACAGUGAUUUUGACGUCUUCCAUGAGGUUUUGCUUCAGAGAUUUGCCUACAGAAUGGUGCCGGCACUGCCUCCUAAAAGAAUGUUAAAAGGAGUCCUGACCUCCAUCUCUGAGCGAGAGUUCAUUGAAGGGAGGAGACGCGCUCUGGGCAGAUUCAUUAACCUGGUGGCGCGACAUCCCUUCUUCUCAGAGGGCGAGCUGGUCAAGACCUUCCUCACCUUCAGUGGCUCAGAUGUUCAGACUAAGCUGCGUGACAUGUACAAGAAAACGGGCGAUGAGUUCAUGACCAACAGAAUCGCGACCCAGGCAAAGGAAUAUCUCCCCCCUGACAUCCAGGCUCAGUUCUCCACAAGCAGAGAUCUGAUUAGAAACAUUCACAACAGCUUCCAGAAGCUGCGCGACAGAGCCGAGAAAAUGGCGGAGCGCUCUAAGGAGAAUGCAUCUGAUCUUCUCAUGUUUGGCAGAGAGCUCAGUGCGCUGGGAUCAGAUGCUUCGUCUCUUCCCUCCUUGGCCUCUUCACAAAGCACCUGGGGGACCCUGCGUCAGUCUCUGAAGAGUCUGUCUGUGGAGUUUGCCGUGCUGUCUGACAAAGCUGCUCAGCAGGGCAGGCGAGAAGAAGACGAUGUUGUGGAAAAACUGAAUCUUUUCCUGGAUUUGCUGCAGUCGUACAGAGAUCUCUGUGAGCGCCAUGAGAAAGGCGUGCUCCACGAGCACCAGAGAGCUCUGCACAAGUACGGUAUGAUGAAGAGGCAGAUGAUGAGCGCCACAGUGCAGCCCAAAGAGCAGGCGUCUGUGGAGCAGCUGGAGUCACGGAUUGUUCAGCAAGAAAACGCCAUUCAGACCAUGGAGCUGCGUAACUACUUCUCCCUGUUCUGCCUUCAUCAAGAGACGCAGCUUAUCUUCAUCUACCUUCCAAUCACAUCCCACAUCCUGGGAGCUUUCGUUAACUCCCAGGUCCAAGGACACAGAGAGAUGGGAGCAGUGUGGAAUGAACUCCAGCCCAAGCUUGGGUGUCUCUUUGGUGCUAAUAACGGGUUGAAACCCCCCAUCUGAAACCUGACAACACUGCCGCUGUCUGAUGAGGAUCACAAACUGGAAAAUAACUUGCUCUGUGAGCUAAAGAAAAGUCUUCUAUGACACAAGUUAUACAUUCCAUUUGAUACGAUUUAUUUCAUGUAAAUGGACUUUUCAGCUUUUUUGGGGGGUUUGAUCAUCAACCAUUUUACUGGCAAAGACUUUGGGCUCAUGAAUCAUUUUAUGCUCUGCUUAAUGAGGAAAUAAUGCAGGAAAGAUAAGCCUCUAAGUGUUAUUAUACAAGGGACCAGCCAGCAUGUCAGUAUAUUCAUGCAUUCCAACUCAUUUCCUGAAGCACCUGUUUAUAACUUAACCUUGUAAGAAGUGUUAUACACUAAGAUAGCUGAGAAAAAUUGUGAGGGAGAGAAAAUUAAACUUUAUUAAAGUAGGGGGUUAUUUUAAAUCUCCAGGCAUGAAGGUUUUACUUAGUAAAUAACUUUCCAGUGUAUUUUUGAUACAGAUUUUACUUCAUAAGGCUGUGUAGCAGCAUACUUUAUAUUUCUUAUGGAAAAAAUGUGCUAUUUCUCUGACCUACCAUGUUUACUUUUAUGCAGAGCGACAUAUUUGAUUUCUCUGCUUAAAUUGACUCCCAGUUUUAUUUUAUAAGCUACUUUGAAAGGCUUACGCUCAAAGUGUACAAUACUACAAAGGGCAGAUAUUUGAGAUUUAUUGAUUAAAAAUUGCAUUAUAUCAGUAAUAACACUAUAAGCUAUUGAUUUACUACCAAAGAGAAAAUUAUAUUAAUUUGCACAGCUGUGCAAUAAAUCAUGUAACACGACUGCACAGUUAAAAUCCAUACAUUUAAUAAUUACUACCUUUAUUUCUUUAAUUUCACUGGAGGAGUUUUGGCCAUACCUUUAUAAAUGGAGGCUAUUUUUUUAGAGGAAUUUAAAUUUCUGUCAUGGGAAACAAGAUCUGGUUAAAGUUGAAUUCCCCUUUCCUUUCCGCUAUUGGACUUCCUAUUUUCCAGAUAUUUGGCAUGAAAACAAUCAUGUCCAUUUAUGUCUGUACACAUAUAGUUCAUCAGAACAUUAUGCAUUCUUCUAAAAAAAAAAAAAGAGAAGAAAAUCUAAGGGACAAUAAUUGCUGUAUGCGUUACCUCACUGAAACUGAUAUCUCUAAUACAGCGAAGUGACUGUGUUGAAAUGAAUGAUGCCAUCAUGCAAAAUCAGGAUAUGUGCACAACUUUUAUUUUAUGAAAAACUGUAACACUGUGCAUGCAGUAUGAAACACAUUUGCUUUGGCAAGAAAAUGUAUCAGGAAUCAAGUUAACUAACUUGCACAGAAUAUGAAAUCCAAUAAAAUUAUUACUGUAGAUAUUGUAAAUAUUUUAUUAAAGAAAUCUUGGCUGAAUCGUGUUAAAUCCUGAAAUUAAGACAACGUAAUGGAUAUUUCUGUUGUUUUUUAUUGCUUUGGUUGAUUUGUAUUUAUUAUAUGAAGUGUCACAGAAAAAAAAAGUUCAUUCUCAAAUUGUUACAGUAAUUUUACAUGUAAACACUCUCAAUGUACAGCUAAGGUGGUUUAAAUCCUUACAUCUUGCUUUUACUCCAACAAAUGAAGCUGAACAACAAACGGUGAACAGUGGCUUUCGUCAGCAUUUAAAGAAGAAAUUUAAAGACGUU